UCCCAACAACAAGUGGUUACUGUUAAAACUUGUGGAAAACCUUAGGCUGCAUAGUCAAUGGGACGCCAUUCUGUUUUUGUUAAGGAGAAGCUAAGGAAAGGAUUGUGGUCACCAGAAGAAGAUGAAAAAUUGUACAAUUAUAUAACCAAAUUUGGCGUUGGCUGCUGGAGUUCAGUCCCUAAGCUGGCUGAAAUUCUUGCAGGUCUGCAAAGAUGUGGAAAGAGUUGCAGGUUGAGAUGGAUAAACUACUUGAGGCCUAAUCUUAAAAGAGGAAUGUUCUCACAGGAAGAAGAGGAUAUCAUCCUUAAUCUCCAUGAAGUUCUUGGAAACAGAUGGGCACAGAUUGCAGCACAAUUACCAGGGAGAACAGAUAAUGAGAUAAAGAAUUUCUGGAAUUCAUAUCUAAAGAAGAAGCUAAUAAAGCAAGGGAUUGAUCCAAACACCCACCAGCCACUAAGUGAAAAUCAAGUAAGAAAUGAGACAGACUGUACAGAUAAGGCCUCAAUGUUGCUGAUACCACAGCUCCCGAGUAUGUCAAUUUCAGCUAACAUGGAGCAACCUUUUCACCUUAGUGAAACAAGUGUCGACUGUGAAGCAAAUAGACAAUUAACAGAAGCUUCAAGAAACCAACUUGUGAGCAAACAAGUGUUUGAUCCUCUGUUUCUGUUUGAAUUCCAAGCAAAUGUGGAUCCAAGUGAGUACAAUUCAGAACUGUUAGGUCAAUCCCAGCAAAAUCUGAGACCUUAUGAUCAUCAGAACCAAAUUGAGGGAAAUCCAAAUUUUGGCUUUUGCUCAAUGCCAAGUUUAACAAAUUUUGAACAUGGACACAUGACAGAAACUGAAUUUUCCGACAGCUCAAGUUCAAGAAUGAGUUUAUUAUAUACAAGUGAAGCCAAAGAGAGCUCAAGCAAUAGUUCAACUAUGAAUAACAAUCAUAAUGCUGCUGAAAUUCAGAUGAAUGACAUGUUGGGAAAUCCUCAAGACCUGUCAUGGGAUUCUGAGAACAAAAUAGAUUCUCUGUUUCAGUAUCCUUACAGUGGGAUCAAGAAUGAAGAAGAUUUCAGUAAUAACCCAUUAAGUUCCUUAUCGGAAGAUACAUGUGGAGAAAAUCUUGUCUUCCACCAUAUCUAAGAUGUAAACUCGAUCUUCUCUUUUUAUUUUUCGAAUCUACUUCUUAUAUCCGUACAAUUAUACAAAACUGAACUCAAGAGGACUUUGAGGUGAGAAUCUUCUCUUCUCCCUUUUUCUUUUCUA